AUGGAUGAAUUUCCUUUUCUCUUAACAGGCACCAUUCCACCCACUACUAACCAGCUGGAAGGUAGUUACGGUUGUGGAUUUGACUAUUUGGAAGUUUAUGAUGGAGAUUCAGCAAAUACGACGAAACUGGGCAGAUUUUGUGGAAACCAAUUACCAAGAAGCCUGGUAUCAUCUGGACUCAAACUCUUCAUCGUGUUUCACUCGGAUUAUAGCGUGUCAGCACCGGGAUUUGUUCUGAACUAUUCAACACCAUUAGAUGUAAAUGAAUGUUACUUUGGAACACACAACUGCGCUAUUGGAGCGUCAUGUGUCAAUACGAAUGAAUCGUUUUACUGCAUUUGUGAAAACGGUUAUACCGGAGAUGGCGUAACCUGCACAGAUAUCAAUGAAUGUGAACUUGGAAUUGAUAACUGUCAUUCUCAAGCAUCAUGUCGCAAUACCAAUGGGUCGUUCGACUGUUCUUGCAACUUUGGCUUUAGUGGAGAUGGAAUAGCAUGCAACGCGACAAGACCUUCUAAUACAUCUAAUCCAGGCACCAUUCCACCCACUACUAAUCCAGCGAAAAACAUUCCACGAAAUUUUACGACAUCAGCGCCAGAAUUAUGCGGCGAAAGUCAACUGUAUCCUCCUGGAAAACUCACAAGCCCUCUUCAUCCCCUUUCAUACCCUCACUACUUGGAUUGCAGUUGGACGAUUUCCAGCACCAAUGGAAGAAAAAUUUUACUACAGUUUACUUCAUUCUUGCUGGAAGGUAGUUACAGUUGUGGAUUUGACUAUUUGGAAGUUUAUGAUGGAGAUUCAGCAAAUACGACGAAACUGGGCAGAUUCUGUGGAAACCAAUUACCAAGAAGCCUGGUAUCAUCUGGACUCAAACUCUUCAUCGUGUUUCACUCGGAUUAUAGCGUGUCAGCACCGGGAUUUGUUCUGAACUAUUCAACACCAUUAGAUGUAAAUGAAUGUUACUUUGGAACACACAACUGCGCUAUUGGAGCGUCAUGUGUCAAUACGAAUGAAUCGUUUUACUGCAUUUGUGAAAACGGUUAUACCGGAGAUGGCGUAACCUGCACAGAUAUCAAUGAAUGUGAACUUGGAAUUGAUAACUGUCAUUCUCAAGCAUCAUGUCGCAAUACCAAUGGGUCGUUCGACUGUUCUUGCAACUUUGGCUUUAGUGGAGAUGGAAUAGCAUGCAACGCGACAAGACCUUCUAAUACAUCUAAUCCAGGCACCAUUCCACCCACUACUAAUCCAGCGAAAAACAUUCCACGAAAUUUUACGACAUCAGCGCCAGAAUUAUGCGGCGAAAGUCAACUGUAUCCUCCUGGAAAACUCACAAGCCCUCUUUAUCCCCUUUCAUACCCUCACUACUUGGAUUGCAGUUGGACCAUUUCCAGCACCAAUGGAAGAAAAAUUUUACUACAGUUUACUUCAUUCUUGCUGGAAGGUAGUUACAGUUGUGGAUUUGACUAUUUGGAAGUUUAUGAUGGAGAUUCAGCAAAUACGACGAAACUGGGCAGAUUCUGUGGAAACCAAUUACCAAGAAGCCUGGUAUCAUCUGGACUCAAACUCUUCAUCGUGUUUCACUCGGAUUAUAGCGUGUCAGCACCGGGAUUUGUUCUGAACUAUUCAACACCAUUAGAUGUAAAUGAAUGUUACUUUGGAACACACAACUGCGCUAUUGGAGCGUCAUGUGUCAAUACGAAUGAAUCGUUUUACUGCAUUUGUGAAAACGGUUAUACCGGAGAUGGCGUAACCUGCACAGAUAUCAAUGAAUGUGAACUUGGAAUUGAUAACUGUCAUUCUCAAGCAUCAUGUCGCAAUACCAAUGGGUCGUUCGACUGUUCUUGCAACUUUGGCUUUAGUGGAGAUGGAAUAGCAUGCAACGCGACAAGACCUUCUAAUACAUCUAAUCCAGGCACCAUUCCACCCACUACUAAUCCAGCGAAAAACAUUCCACGAAAUUUUACGACAUCAGCGCCAGAAUUAUGCGGCGAAAGUCAACUGUAUCCUCCUGGAAAACUCACAAGCCCUCUUAUCCCCUUUCAUACCCUCACUACUUGGAUUGCAGUUGGACCAUUUCCAGCACCAAUGGAAGAAAAAUUUUACUACAGUUUACUUCAUUCUUGGUAG